CCCUGUCCCCUGCCCUCCCCCUCCCGCCCCGGCUCUCGCCGCUGCCGGCCCAGCCUCGACCUCGGCGGCGACCAGCGGGAGGCGGCUGCGAGGAGCCGAGCGAGCCCGGUCGCGGGCGGGGAGCGUGCGUCGGUUCGCCUAGGCUGCGAGAGGAGGGGCGGCGCGAGUCAUGGCCGGGGACAGCGAGCAGACCCUGCAGAACCACCAGCAGCCCAACGGCGGCGAGCCCUUCCUGAUCGGCGUGAGCGGGGGCACGGCCAGCGGCAAGUCUUCCGUCUGUGCUAAGAUCGUUCAGCUCCUGGGGCAGAAUGAGGUGGAUCACCGCCAGAAGCAGGUGGUCAUCCUGAGCCAGGAUAGCUUCUACCGAGUCCUCACUUCAGAGCAGAAGGCCAAAGCCCUGAAGGGCCAAUUCAACUUCGAUCACCCGGAUGCCUUUGACAAUGAACUCAUCUUCAAAACACUCAAAGAGAUCACUGAAGGAAAAACAGUCCAGAUCCCUGUGUAUGACUUCGUCUCCCACUCACGGAAAGAGGAGACGGUCACCAUCUACCCUGCGGAUGUGGUGCUCUUUGAAGGGAUCCUGGCCUUCUACUCCCAGGAGGUCCGAGACCUGUUCCAGAUGAAGCUUUUCGUGGACACGGAUGCGGACACCCGUCUCUCUCGCAGAGUAUUGCGGGACAUCAGUGAACGAGGGAGGGACCUUGAGCAGAUUUUAUCACAGUAUAUCACAUUCGUGAAGCCCGCCUUUGAGGAAUUCUGCUUGCCAACAAAGAAAUAUGCUGACGUGAUUAUUCCUAGAGGUGCAGACAAUCUCGUGGCCAUCAACCUCAUCGUUCAGCAUAUCCAGGACAUCCUCAACGGAGGGCUCUCCAAGCGGCAGACCAACGGCUAUCUCAACGGCUACACCCCUUCACGCAAGAGGCAGGCAUCAGAGUCCAGCAGCCGGCCACACUGACCCCGUGCCCUGACUCCAAACCCCAGCCCCCAGCUCCAAGACACAGGAGAGGUCGAGAGGCUUUGAUCACCUGUACAUACGCCUCCUAUGAAAUUACUGUAUUUAAGAAAACACCACGGAGAUGAAAUGCCUUGAUUUUCUUUUUCUUUUUCUUUUUUUUUUUUUCCUUUUUGUACUUUGGAACAACAAAUCAAACAGAACUUGACCCUAAGCUUAACUGACAAACUGUGCCAACUACUGGUGAUGCCUAAUUAUGAAUACACCGUGUAACCAGUUAUAAAUACACACAUACAUACAGAUAUAUAAAAAGAAAGGAUCUAUUUUUGUGUAAAUGUACAAAUACUGUAAAGCUGUUUGCCAUAAGUAUUGUGCAGGGACCUGUGUGUGGGUGUUGGGCCUGGAGCCCCACCCAGCAGGGUUCUGUGCUCUGGCAUCUGGGGAGCCAUGGCUGGGUGGUUGAUGAGUUGGUGUCCCUUGCUUUCCGCACCAUGGGCCGUGGUGGGGAUGGGACACAGCCCUCACUGUCUCCCUUGUUAGAUGCCGCAUCCUUGAAACUGGAACUGAGAGAGAUACUUUUUUUUUUUUUUUUUUGGAGUUGAAAUUGUGUGAUCUCAACUCAAAAACUCAAAUCUCAGGGAAGAGGCCGACUGAGAAAGAUCAAUCUGUCUUGUCUGUGUUUCUUCUUGCCUCGCUCUGGCUUUGGCUGCCUGGGCAGCUCCACCGCUCCUUCCUUCCACCACCAUCUCUGUUUCCCUGGAAGCCAGAGCUGUCUUUUGCCUGGUGGGGAUUUUAAAGGGUCUCAUCCAGCAUGGAGAGAGGGAGAGAAAGAGGAGGGGUGGGACUGUGUCCCUUGGAGAAUUUCAGGAUAAACUGCCUUCUAGGGAAGUUGCCUGGACACAUUACUGAGUUUGGAGUGGCUCAUUGGCAGUCUGGGCUUUGGUUAAGGACCUCUGGUAUGGACCACUGAGGGGAUGCCCCAAGAGUUCCACCCAUGGAGCUGGCAGUAGUUUUUGUUCCUUCUGAGCUGGCACUGUAUAGUGAGAUGGCAGCCUUGGCUUCCUACCUGAGACUUUUGAGAGCAGCAGCGUCAGGAUUUCCCGAACUACACCGCCUCCAUGUUAACUCGGUGGCUGCCCAGCAGGAAGGCGUUGGGAGAAGUUAUUUCUUAGACGGUAUUAAGGGAAGGGUAUUUAAAUCAUGGGUGCCUAAGUGGGGGUUUUAGAUUGAAGAUGCCAGAGGUAGAGAUUUUCAGCCUUCCUGAGUGAGCGCUUCCUCUUUGUGGGAACUCUGGCCUGGAGGAAGUUGAUCCAUGCCAUGCCGGGAAGACUGCUGGAGGAAAUGGGGACCAAACAAGAAGGCAGGCAUGAGCUAGAGGCCCCAGUCUGUGCCUAACUACAGAAGAGCCCAGGAUUGUCACGUUGGUGGCCACCGUCCUGCACCUUGUGGGCCACGUGCUUAGUCACUCCACCUGGACAGAGAGCCUCCUGCCUGGGUGGCUCUCAGGAGCCCUCGAGGUUCGAUGCAGCCACACUGAAGUUCCCCUGCUGUUUCAGCACCGUCCAGGUCCCCAGUCAGGAUUCAAAUUUGCCUCCAGCUCUGUUUUUCUCUUGAAAAGACAUUAACCUAGUCCUAAGUAGAGCUUUGCCACUUUUCUUCGGCAUCAGGCCAUGGUGCAGACUCUGCAGCAAGCUGCUGCUGCUCGGCAGCUGCUGUUGGAGCAGGAGAGAGGUCAGCUCAGGCGCUUGUGGGAGGGCACACACUCGCCAAGAUGCAUGCUAGAGUGUUUGGGAAGCAGUCCUCAUCACAUGGACUUUAUGCAGUUCUGAGAUUCAAGGGGUAGGUUAGGGCCUGGCCUGGGAUUCCAAGGACGAGAAUCCUGGCCUUGCUGGGGUUGUACGUGCUCAUGGGAAACCCAUUCCUGUCUGCAAGAGUCUUGGCCUCUCAGUGGGUAGCACGCUCAACUUUACUUGAAGCCCCCAGGUGCCAAACCACUUAGUGCCUUGGCUGUCUAUCCCACUGCCGUGGAAAACGGAUUCUUCUCAUCUCUGAGCCUUUACUUAGCCGCUUCCUCGUGUAUCUACGGUGUUGGGACCAAGGCUCCAGGACCUCUGAGUGGCCCACUCCUAGCUUGGACACAGCUGUAGGACUACCCUGCCCCUACCUCCUUGGGGAGUGGUAACCAGUUCUGGCUUGGCUAGAAGCAGUGUUUGCUGGCUACAGGGAAGGGAUGGAGGCUCUGAGGCCGCCCAGCUUUUGGCCAAUUGUGCGUUUGAACUUGAACUUUCCAUAGGAAGCAUUGUGAUCAGUCCUAAGAUUCUGGAUUUCCAAUUCCACUGGAGAGUUGGAGGUAAACUCAUCAGGAAACCAUGAUAUUUGUCACCUGGGGACUUUCAGCUGGCCAGAGAGGGAGCGCAGCUGAGCAGGGUCACACUGACCUCAGGUGCACAAAUCCUAUUGGCUUCAAAGCCACCCAAUGGUGCUUGCUUCCCCCUCCCUGCUCACCCACUGUCUCUUUGUUCAGGAAACAAAGUUGUGAGCCUUGUAUGAGCCAAAGGCCCUGGCUCAUACUUCAUGCUGAAGCAAAUGCUGCUGGGCCUGUGACUUCUCUUUGGGUGUCCAGAGGCUCAAUCUCACAGUUCAUCCCACUAGCAUAACUCCUGCUGGCCUGUGACUUCUCUUUGGGUAACCAGAAGCUGAAAAAAAGAUAGGACUCUGAUCUAGAGUGGGGAAGCGAGUCUCCAAGUCACCUGUCCCAGAACUAAUUAUGAUGGCGGCUACUCAGAUCAUAGGAAAGUUGGCUCCAGCUCCGUCUAUCCAGGGUGACUUGUCUGUCUCUUGGGUGGCCACUGGGUCAGGUGUGCCCAUGAGUAGCCCAAGGUGGAGAGACUGAUCAACCUUGCCUGUAAAGCCCCGCAGAUGUGGGGCAAUGCGUUCUCUUGCAGGGAAAUGUUUUUCACUGCCCUUUGGAACCUGUGCUCAUGUCCAAGAAUCUCCAAAGAAUGGGCUGCUUUUGGCAAAAGCUAGGGUCAGUCCUGGGUACAUGAAGGCCAGUGCUUUCUGGGAAGGACCAGCAGGCCUUCUCUGUCUCCUUUGCUGUUUAUACUUUUCCUCCAGGCCAUAGCGCUAUGCUUUGUGUCAGACGGAACACGGGAGAGCGCGGGUUGGGGAAGGCUCAGUUGGAUGCCUGUGUGUGCACAAGUCCCCUUUAACAUUCUGGCUGUGGGCCUGCUCUACUCGAAUGGUGCCAGGCACAAGUGACGUGUUUCAGUAGCUUCCUGUUUCUCUCAGGCGGGAGUUUCCACCCAGGCCUGCCUUGGGGAGCGAGGGUGAGUGGCUAGAUGGAGACCUAGGCUGUUCUUUCCCUAGAAGAUGCUGCCUCUUCCCCUCUUUGCUUUUUACUGCCCUGUCUUUGUCAGUGCUAUGAAAUGACCACAUCCUAUGUACUUUGCUGUAAAUAAAGACGAACAAAAAGUA